AUGAGGGUUUCCUCAGCUAUCUCGAGCCUCGCGCUCAGCGCCGCCGCUCUGUCGGGCACUGCUCUCGCUGCCAGCUACGACACCAUUCCCCCGAUUGAGGUCAUCGGCCAGCACUUCUUCUACACCAACAACGGAUCUCAAUUCUACAUGAUGGGUGUUGCCUACCAAGAGAACUACUCGCCCAAUGGAACCAGCGACUCCACCACCCAGUACACCGACCCUUUGGCCGAUGGGGACAAGUGCAAGCGUGAUAUCCCCUUCAUGAAGCAGAUCUUCACCAACGUCAUCCGUGUCUACGCCGUCGACCCCACGCAAGACCACGAUGACUGCAUGGAGCAACUUGCCGCCGCCGGUAUCUACGUCCUCUCCGAUCUUAGUGAGCCUAGCAUUUCCAUCAACAGCGACGACCCCGAGUGGAACGUGCCCCUGUACAACCGCUACACCUCAGUGGUCUCCGCCCUGGCCAAGUACAACAACGUCAUCGGCUUCUUCGCCGGCAACGAAGUCGUCAGCGCCAGCAACCAGACUGCUGCUGCUGCUUUUGUUAAGGCUGCAGUUCGGGACACCAAGCAAUUCAUCACCUCGCAGAAACUCCGGAACACCCUAGGUGUCGGCUACGCCACUGCUGAUGUGCCAAGCCGUGAUGAGCUGGCUCACUAUUUCGCCUGUGAGCCCAUUGAUGGGGAGAAGACCUCCAUUGAUUUCUGGGGUUACAACGUCUACUCGUGGUGUGGAGACAGCUCUUACUCAGACUCCAACUACGAAGAACGCCACACGUUCUUCGCCAACUACCCGGUCCCUGUCUUCUUCGCCGAGUAUGGUUGCAAUGUCGGUAUCACCGGCGGCCCAACGCACCGUCCCUUCACCGAGGUUGGGACCCUGUACGGCAUCAUGGCCGAUGUCUUCUCCGGUGGUCUCGUCUACCAGUGGUUCCAGUCCGACAACAACUAUGGUCUGGUUCAGAUCAAUGGUAACAGUGUCAGCCCUGAACCCGAUUUCACCUCGCUCAAGUCUCAGCUGGCCAAGGUUACCCCGACCAUCACUAUGUCGAGCGCGUACAAGCCUUCCAACACUGCUCCCGCUUGCCCGGCCACCGGCACUUCUUGGGCUGCUGUUGCUUCUCCGCUCCCGCCCAACGUGAACAGCGAGCUGUGCGACUGCGAGAUGUCGGCCCUGUCCUGCACCAUCACCUCGGACGACGAGACCGCGUACGGAGCCGAGUUUGGUUUCAUCUGUGGCGCGAACAACGGUGCCUACUGCGCCGGUAUCCAGCACAACGCCACCACUGGUACAUACGGUGCUAUCUCUGGCUGCUCACCCAAGCAGCAGCUCGCCUUUGUUGCCAACCAGUACUACAAUGCCCAGGACAGCUCCAACAAGGCCAGCGCUUGCGACUUCUCUGGUCUAGCCACCACUCAAGCCGCUAAGACUACGGGCAGCUGCUCUAGCCUGAUCAACGCUGCUGGAACAGAUGGCACUGGUGAUGUCGUCAGCCCUACUGGUGGCGCUGCUAGCAGCUCUUCCAAGGGCGCUGCCGCCGGUACCAUGGGCACCCCCACCUUCUUCAACUACGGUACGACUUUCUUCGUCGUCUACGCCGCCACCGCUCUAGUAUCUGGAGUCGGUAUGUUUGUUCUAUGA